UCGGCGCAACUACGAGCGCUACGGCCUUAACAUGCACAACACCUCCACAAUUGCGCGCAAGUCCACUUCCGAAGAGUGCUCGCAAUCGUGGAUUCGUGCGUUGCGGGCUUGGUAAAGCUGCUGAGCAAGACUUUAUGACUGCAAAUGGCAUGCACUGCGAAAGAUUCGGACGUAGACGGUGAUGCAGUAGAGACCAGUCAAAACAAUAAAUAGGGCACUCAUCGGCCUGACGUUUCAGUGAAAAACUACACGCAAGAACAAGGAACAUGGACACCACGUUGGCAGCCAAGCUCACCUCGAUCUCGACCUCAUUCAUCUUGGCUGGCUACAUGCUCUCACCAUCGCAAAACACCCUGCCGCUGCUAUACCCACAGCCAGCAUCAGUCAGCACACCACUUUUCAAUGGCGUCUACCACCGUGGAGCGGCCCUUGUCAUCCCAGCCACGUUACUUUCAACAGCAGCGAGCGGCUAUCUCGCUUACGCGACUCCUUCGCAAAGGACAACAUACGCUAUGUCUGGCGCAAUCGUAUUCGCGAUGCUGCCGAUGACGAGAUUGGUAAUGAUGCCGGGUAUCAAGCGCCUCAUCCAACUUUCGAAGGCGGAGACGGGCAUGCAGGAGAAAGCGGCGGCAAGUGGGGAGGUGCUGCGCUUGCUGAAGGCUUGGACGGCGCAGAACUGGGUCAGAGUGGGCAUGAGCGCUGUUGGUGGGCUCGCUGCACUCUACGCUGUUGCGCAGUAACGAUCCCGAAG